ACGACGAAGGACCCGUGGUCCCUCGCGCGGGAGGCGGGAAAGGGUGUAAAAAUGGCGGAGGGUGAGAGCAUCAAAAAAAGACUCCGGAAUGCCAAUCCAAACACACUGCAACCAGAUCAGGCCUUAUCCUCAUCUAAAAAGAAAUGUAACAGAUAUCAGGAGCAAGUGAAAUCUGAAUGUGUCACAAAGCAGGAAAAAACCCCACAAAGGAGGAGCCUCCGUAACCAGGGCAGUGGCAGGCUAAGUGCUGAUCAGUGUACUGAUGCCAGCCUUGUCUCUCAAAAACAUGAUGAUGGGAACUCAAGCCCUCAAACUAUUGUCAAGGAACCCCAUGCCAGCCUUGCAGAAGAAUCCAAGAUCAGUGAGGCACUGUCUCCAAAAAAACAGCUCAAAAAAAGCCCCCGGUCACGAUCACAAUCAUGGCGACGCUCCAGCUUCAAAGGUGGUAAAGGGCGGAAAUCUCUGCCACCAAUUCAGCGGGAUGUUACAGAGAUCUGUGAAGAUAUCAGCUUGGAUUUACCUGGCGAUGAAAGACUCGCAGAGCUAUUUCGUGUGUGUCUUGAGUAUACGCUACAGAAAUUACAGCACACCUUGGGUCCACAAGAAGGUUUUGGUCUUCAUGCCUUUCAAACAGAUGCCUCCGCUAUUUCCAAUGAUGUUAAACGAAUCGUAGAGGCAAUGAAACUGGAUGGGACACUGAGGAAGUGCACUGAAGAACCAGAAGAUGUUCCUCCUACACCAGAAACAGAAAUGUUGAUGAAGCAGCUGAAGAAUGACAUAUCCAGAUUGAAUGCAGAGUGUGAGGCUUGGGACCAGCUGUUGGAAGUCUAUCGCCAAAACGCAGACCGAGCAGCCAAUGAGUUGGAACAAGCGAAAGUGACUGGAUGGACAUUGGAACCAACCCCUGUGAUGGAAAAUUCACAGAUGGAUGUGAUCACAAGCAAGCCAGAUUAUCAGUCCAUUCUGGAUAAAGACGUUCUGACUCUUCAAAGCAUGGAAUGCAUUAUGGACCAGCUUCAGCAAACCAUGAGCCUAAUUACCAGAGCCAGACAGGAAUGGGAUUCUUGCCUGCAGCACAUAUCCAAAGAACUGGCAUCCCAAGCAUUUGAAGGGCUGGAAGAGCAUCCACUUCAGAAAUUUCUAAUGACCACCAAGGAGUAAUGGAAGAAAAUGAAGUCAUCAACAAAUUGAGUGGAAACCACCUCUGUGCUUCUAAAGCCCUGAGCCUGCGACUAAAGCAUGUGGUUGGGUUUGAACUUUGCUCAGGAUUUUACCAUGAGAGUAAUGCUUUCUGCUGAGGUUAAAGGGACGGGCACACUGGCCCAGAGGUCCCUUGGGUUAGGGCUGUCAAGGAAUGCAGUCCCCUUUCUAGAAUUUAGUCUGCUGGAUUCUAGGUGGACGGUGCCAAACCUGGUGGCAGAGCAAGGAAGUAAUGGUGCGGGUGCACUGGAUCACUGACUGUCGGAUUGGAUCACACUGCUUGUGUGAUCUGACCAGGUCACAUGAAGGAGGGUCUGAGACCCCAACAAUUUCAGAGCAGAAGCAGAUCACAGGAAGAAUGAAACCUGAGCAAUGGAAACAUGAACCUUACCACAAAAUUUCUUACCUUUUGAAUACAAUACCAUUGUUACUGUUCACCUGACCUGUAGGAUACAGUGAAUGCUGCCAUUUUGGUCUGAAACUCCGAGUGGUGUGAACCUGCUGCUGUACGUUACAGACUGAGGAAGGGAAUGGGAGAUGUCAUGGCUGUCAUGUGCUCUUUCUGCAAGCACUGUCCAUCAGAUGGAUACUUGAGUUUCUCCCAGCAGCUGGAUUGAUGUGUGUACACUAAGUGUCAGAGAGCUGUGAGUGGAUUGGGCAUCUCCAAGACCAAACUUCACCUUGCCUGCCCAUACCUACCAGUGGGGAGUUGCUGAGAAGCAAUCCCUGGUUGACUGAGAUCAUCUGUAGAUUUGUCCUGUUGCCCUGGAUUAUCUUUACUGAACUAUUAUUGUCCAGAGGAGAAACCAGUCUUUACGUCAAAGGCUUUGGUUAAGAAUUAAGACAUUUCCAUAUCCAAACUUUGUCACAAUUUAAUCAGCCUGGAAACUUGCCCCAUGGCUCACUGAGUCCACACUGACCACCAAUCACCUGUUUACACUAAUCCUACAUUAAAUCCUGUGGUCUUAGUCUCCCCACAUUCUCAACUCCCCCCCCAGAUUCUACUGCUCACCUACACAGGGCAAUUCACUGCAGCUAAUUAACCUAUCCACCCGCGCAUGUUUGGGAUGUGGGAGGAAACUGGAGCACCUGGAGGAAACCCACGUGGUCACUGGCAAAGUUAACACACCUGAGGUCAGGAUUGUCCCUGGGGCCCUGGGUACUGUGUGGCAGUGGGUCCACCAGCCGCACCACUGUUGCCCCCUGCUUUCAUUUGAAAAUUGAUAACAUUGACAAUGGUGGAGGGUAAAUACAAUUCCUUUGGUUGGGGUCAGGUUUACGCAAAGAUAAAUCUACCCAAACCACAAGUUGCUGGAUGGGGAGUGAUUCUGGGAGAUGUGGGACCCAGAAACCUUUCAUAAAUGGAUUUCUUAAGAAAGGUAUUGGCUGGUUUACAAAAAUGGUAACCACAAGCAGGCAGAGGACAUUCAAAUGCAUCUAAGCAUUUAAAUGUUGUUGUGGUUUUGGGCACAAGCAUCAUAUUUGACUUGCAUUUAAUGGCUAUUACAUUUCUAUACAUAGUUUGUAAAUUAACAUAGGUUGUAUAUUAAAAGCUUUUUGUUUUGUGCUGAUCA